UCUUGGACUUUAUAAAUUAACUCGCUGUCGAACAUGAACACAAGCAGCGCGACAGUUUGUAGUUUCAUCAGUAACCGACAACUACGUGAUGGCUGCCACAACCCAACAGAGUAGAGGUCAUCCCACGUUGCUGGAUCCCUCGGAACAGCUUCGGCCCGAGCCGGUGUACGCCGGAAAAUUGCAGAGUAACUUUCGCAACUUCGAUGAAGAUUCCGAGGAUCCUAUCAAGCAGCGCGUCCGUAGAACCUAUGAAGAGAUGCACACCAAUCAAACAGUAGAUUUUGUGAAAUCUCGCAUGAGAAAUUGGCUUCAGUUCGACAAAUUCAAGAUGACAGUGAAAGACGCUCUACUCAAAUUGAACGAUCUUGUAGACGAGAGUGAUCCGGACACCAAUCUGCCCAAUAUUAUUCAUGCGUUUCAAACCGCGGAGUCGAUUAGGGAGAAACAUCCGGAUCUGGAUUGGUUUCAUCUCACCGGCUUAAUUCAUGAUCUUGGAAAGGUGAUGGCGUUUUACGGAGAACCUCAAUGGGCGGUGGUCGGCGACACGUUCCCCGUCGGCUGCGCCUGGGGCAAUUCCGUCGUUUACAGAGAGACGAGCUUUGACAAUAAUCCUGAUGGCAAGGAUUCGCGUUACAACACAAAAUACGGCAUGUAUAAACCGCAGUGUGGAAUAUCGAACCUGAUGAUGUCAUGGGGCCACGAUGAGUACCUGUACCGCUUGCUCGUGCAUAACAAGAGUAAAUUACCGAAGGAGGCUUUAGCGAUGAUUCGGUAUCACUCCUUUUACCCUUGGCACGCCGGUGGCGAUUAUAUGCACUUCUGCACUCAAGAGGACCUGGAGAUGUUGAAAUGGGUCAUAGAAUUCAACAAAUUCGAUCUUUACACGAAGAGCAAUACCGUUCCAGACAUCGAAAAAUUAUGGCCCUACUACGAGAAAUUGAUUGAUAAAUACAUUCCUGGCGUGAUAGAAUGGUAACUAUCACCUGUCGAUUAUUUCGAUUUUAUCUAUAACGAAUUAUAAAUACUCAAUAUUUAUAUAAGUUUUUAAAAGUAACGAUUAUUAAUUACAAUU